GUGUGUUUGUCUCUCUCUAUUCACACAGUAAAAUGGCAGAAGCCAGAAUUUCAGUGGAUCAGGAUGAGUUCAUCUGUCCAGUGUGUCUGUAUCUCCUGAAGGAUCCAGUGGCCAUUCCCUGUGGACACAGUUACUGUAAGAGCUGUAUUACAGACUGCUGGGAUCAGGAGGAACAGAUGAGAGUCUACAGCUGCCCUCAGUGCAGACAGACCUUCAGUCCAAGACCUGCUUUAGCUACAAACACCAUGCUGGCUGAAGUGGUGGACAAACUAAGGAAGACUAAACUUCCUGCUGACUGUUACGCUGGAGCUGGAGAUGUGGAGUGUGAUGUUUGUACUGGAAGAAAAUACAAAGCCGUCAAGUCCUGUCUGGAGUGUCUGAACUCUUACUGUCAAACUCACUUUGAACAACAUGAGCAUUGGUUUAAAGGAAAGAGACACAAUUUGACUGAAGCCACUGGACGACUGCAGGAGAUGAUCUGCCACGAACAUGAGAAACAUCUGGAAAUGUACUGUAUCACUGACCAACAAUGCAUUUGUGUGCUGUGUACAAAAUAUGAACAUAAAAACCACAACACUGUAUCAGCUGCAGCACAGAGGACAGAGAAACAGAAGCAGUUGGAGGAGACGCAGAAGAUGUUCCAGCAGAGAAUCCAGCAGAGAGAGAAAGAUCUUCAGCAGCUGAGAGAGACUGUGGAGUCUCAUAAGAGCUCUGCACAGACAGCAGUGGAGGACAGUGAGAGGAUCUUUACUGAGCUCAUCCGCUCCAUUGAGAGAAGCCACUCUGAGGUCACACAGAUGAUCAGAGAUCAAGAAAAGCGAGCGGUGAGUCGAGUUGAAAGACGACUGGAGCGACUGGAGCAGGAGAUCAAUGAUCUGAGGAGGAGAGACGCUGAGCUGGAGCAGCUUUCACACACACAGGAUCACAUCCAGUUCCUGCAGAGUUUCCAGUCUCUCUCAGCACCUCCUGAAUCUACAGACAUAAAUGACGAUCCCUUCAUUUAUCUCGUCUCUUUUGAUGAUCUGAGAGAAUCUGUCCAUCAGCUGAGAGACAAACUGGAGGAUUUCUGCAAAGAGGAGCUAAAAAAUAUCUUUGACAAAGUCACAUUCACCAACAUUGUUCUCUGGAACAGAAGCGACUUUCUACAAUAUUCCAAUCAGCUCACUCUGGAUCUCAACACAGUGAAUAAACACCUCAGUCUGUCUGAGAGCAACAGAGUGAUUACUGGCACUUACGCAGAGCAGCCGUAUCCUGAUCAUCCAGACAGAUUUGAUCAGUGGUAUCAGGUGUUGUGUGGAGAGAGUGUGUGUGGACGCUGUUACUGGGAGAUUGAGUGGAGUGGAGAUGUGUGUAUAUCAGUGUCAUAUAAGAGCAUCAGCAGAAAGGGACGGGGUGGUGAGUGUGCGUUUAACCAUAAUGAUCAGUCCUGGAGUUUGAUCUGCUCUCGCUUCGGUUACUCAUUCAUGCACAAUAGCUCACUGACUUUUCUCACUAUAGAGCCCAUCACCAGUAGAAUAGGGGUGUCUGAUGAUGAUGAUAUCAGCAGUAGAAUAGGAGUGUAUGUGGAUCACAGUGCAGGAACUCUGUCUUUCUACAGCGUCUCUGACACAAUGAGCCUCAUCCACACAGUCCAGACCACAUUCACUCAGCCGCUCUAUCCUGGGUUUGAGGUUUCUCAUAUAUCAUCAGUAAAACUGUGUUGAUAAAUCAUAGAACAAAUUGUAGAAUGAUUCUACCCAUAAUGGUUUGCGUCAUGCAUAGAGUGUGCAUAGAGUAUGCAUAGAGCGAGUGUAUCAUAUAUGUAUAAACACACUCGCACACAUUACUUUUAGUCUGCAUACAUUGGAUUGAUUUUUUCAAUAACUUCAAUGUACUUGAAUUGUGCAUCAAACGAAUGUACAUGUAUUGGAUGAAGACCAUUUAUGUGCUUUGUUUUGUAAUUCAUGUUAAUCAAUAAAUGUUUAAUUAAUGCAACCA